CACAAGGCACAUAUACAGGCAAACAACAGAGAUACCUGCUGCAGUAUUUGCAUAUCAGCUUGUACGAUUUAAACAGCAGACAACAGAUCCAAACGACAUAUAUACAUAUCUACUAAUACAGCGCAGCUUAACAGGAUAAACACGAUAUAAAUAUCUGUCACUUUAGCCGGCUGCUGAUUGGUCCGUGCAGAGGUUUGAUCAUGUUUACCUCCCAGACCUCGUCCUUCCAGGACUCCAUCGACGUGGAGGAGAGGGAUGACUUUGACAGCGAAGACAUCGCGGGAUACAGCCAGAAAAUCCAGCUGAACUGCUACUACACCAUCUAUCUUUAUCAAGGCACAAGAUCUGAGGCUUCUGGGGAAAAUGGGGCAUGGAACCAGAGACGAGCAGACUCCACAACCAGUCAGGAUGACUUUAGCCUGACGCUCAUCGACAGCAGCCUGCCAUCAGAGGCCGAACCUGAGCUGCGCACCUACAUCUCGAGGAGGCUGAGCAAAGGAGCUCUGCUGGGAGGCAUGGGCAACAUCGCCACCGUGGAGCUCAGUAUCCCGGAGCAGGCAGUCGGCUGCUACUGCUGCCUCCUGGAGCAGGAAAGGUCUCCUGAACAGCCUGAUGCAGACGGAAAUGGUUACGUCAUCUGCUUCAUGGGCGGCUCUGAAAAAGGACUGAAUCUAUUUAGAUUAGAGCUGGAUAAAUACGUCCAAGGCCUUCAUAGCAGCCUGCAAACUCCAGAGCUGCAGAACCUUGAAACGGAGGUGCGUCCCUAUCUGAGCCGGUGGUACGAGGAGUCUGUGAUGCACAUUCAUCGGGUGGUGCAGCUGGUCCAGAGCAACAUCAGCUUUUUGCUGCAUGCUGCUUUGAGUCACACGCCCGUGGAGGUCACUAACUCAGACGAGAGGACGGUGACUGAUGUGUCCAGGUUCAUCAAAGCAGCCAGCUUGCAGGGUUUGUCCCAACAAGACACGACAGCAGCUUCUCUGUGUAAGGCCAUCUCAGAGGAAACUCAGUCCGACCUGAUCAUAGACUGCUCCACCAGCCCGCCCACUCUCUCUAACACCGUCAGUAACCGUUUCUGCGACGACUGGACUCAGGCAUUUCUAAACGCAGCAGAGCGAUGUAAUCCUUUCCUGCUUGGACAGAUUCUGGAGAACUUUAAACUGAAGGCGAUCCAGGACAUGAACAGCCUGAAGCGUUUCGUGCGGCAGGCCGAGAUGAGUCACUACGCCCUGUUUCGCUGCUGCCAGUUCCUGCAGGGCUGCGGAAACGGGAAUGUUCUGCUGCAGAACGCCAGGGCCGAGCACAGCGACCUGCCUGAAGCCUGCAGCAUAAUUUCUGUCCUGGAGGAGUUCCUCAGGGAUCAAUCCUCGGCCAAGGCCUGAUCGUGUUACAACACAUAACUCUAAGCUGUCGGGCAUGAAAAAAACUUUCAUCUAUUGUUGCUCUGCUCUUCCAGCCACAGAACAACCAAGUAUCACUUAAUUAUAGCACUACAUGGUAAGUUUAAUAUUAGUUUGCCAGAUAAAAUAUGGGCACAUGGGAAAUUUUGAAUUGACCAAUUUCUGCAUGGUAGACUCAGACUUCAAAUAUGUAGCCGCCUUCACAUAUUUACUCCUAAAAAAGAAAAUGUCCAUCUUGCUGCCUUGCUGUUGCUCAUCUGUAACAGGAUAUUAACACCUCCGGCCCCGCUCACUUGCGGUGAAUUUUACAGAAUAUUUCUGCUGUAUUCUGCUGAAUUUACCCGGGAGCUGGCAGAAAAACAUCUGGGUAAAAUUCAGCUGUUUCAAUUCAAACAUGCAUCCCAAGCCCGAACAUUUCUGGACAUUUUCAGGAGUUUCAUUGUGAAGCACGAUAUGUAAUAAAACACAUUGGUGUCUGUGCUGGCAUCACGGCUGCUUCUCAGUGAGGAGAAGCGUACUGUAACUGUAACAUCACUACAUUUAAACCUGAAAGUUUAGCUCUUAAUUGAAGAUUAUAUCAGAAAAGAAGAGACGGACGAUGAUCCCAGAGAAGGCGGUCCAGAUGAAAAUAUCAGUGUAGUUGUUGUGGCACGUUGCUCGUAUCCAUCGUAUCCAUUCCUUUUGUACUUUAAACGUCAUGAGUGUGAGUUUCCAAACAAUGAACCAAAUACAAGUCCUCGUGUUUUACUGCUAACUGACAAUGACGGAAACCCCUGAGCUGAUCCAAACUAAAGCUACUGCUCAUCGGAGUGGAUUUAUUUGAUGUCUAAAUAUUCCUUAAUUAUUAUUGUUUUGUAUCAUGUUUGAUUGUACUUGUCGUAUCUCUGCAGAAGGAACUUAUGGAGAAUGCACAAAUCACUUUUCUGCAUUGCUUGUUAUGUACGCCUCGCUUUUGUUUAUAUCUCAACCCGAUAGCUGCACUACUGUUAUAUUUUCUAAUGAACACUGCGACUGUUUUUAUCUGUC